GGAACCACACCAAACGGGGGGACAGGCGUGUAGGUGGGAACGGAAAGGGAGAGUCCUCAUCUUUCUAGAUGAGGAGGGGGCGGCUUAAUAGCGACUCCCCCCUCACCACUCCCUCCCCUUUCGUGCCCAGCCCGCGGUAGGGUCUCCAACGUGCCUUAGCUGCCGUUAUCCCUCCCAAGGAGCGCGGGCUCUCCGGGCGGGGAAGCGGGGGUCCAUGUGCCUCGCCGGCUCGGGACGAGCCAGCGGACUAUGCCGAGGGUCCUCAGUCCGGCUACGGGACGGAAGCGCGCGGUCUAGGAGGGGCUGCGAGUGAAGCCGCGCAGCGGACGAGUUAGGGCCGGAGUGAGGAAGGCUUUGACCGGGGAGUAGUGUCGGGCUGUGGCGAGGUGAGGUGCGGGGAGCCUCGACCUGGGUCCCCUCUGUCCCUAGUGAGGAGUUCCCGGCGGCUCGUGGGGAAGAGGGCGGGGGAGACCGCCUCGGGGAAGAGUACACACAGCGGGGUGCCCAGCCCGAAGCUGGCAGAGAGAUCGGGGCGCCCCCCUCCCCGCAGGAGGAGCCUCGCGCUUCUCCGCCAUCCCUCCCCCGCGCGCCGGCUUCGCUUCGGGGCCGGCUGCGGCGGGAGCGGCGGGGCUGGGGCCAGAUAAGGGGGAGCGACGGGCGCCGCCGCCCCCGGGACGGGCGGGUGGCGAGUGAGGCGGGGCGGCGGCGGGGCCUGGGACGCGGGGGGCUGGGGGGCGGGGAGCUCGGCGCGGCGCGGAGGGCUGGCGGCGGGCUGCUGGCGGGGCAGCCCUCCUAGCUGCCCGCUUUGCGCCGCCGGCCCACGCCGCAGUGUGUUUUGUGGACGGCGCCUUCCGGGAGCAGCCAGUAGACGCCAGCGCAGCUCGGGGCCGCCUUCGACGCGAUGUUCCGCCGGAGCCUCAACCGUUUUUGUGCUGGAGAAGAGCAACGAGUUGGUACACGCACAGUGUUUGUUGGCAAUCAUCCAGUUUCUGACACAGAAACGUACAUUGCACAGAGAUUUUGUGAUAAUAGAAUAGUAUCAUCAAAGUAUACACUUUGGAAUUUCCUCCCAAAGAAUCUCUUUGAACAGUUUAGAAGAAUUGCCAAUUUUUACUUUCUCAUAAUUUUCCUUGUACAGGUCAUUGUAGAUACACCAACUAGCCCAGUUACCAGUGGCCUUCCACUUUUCUUUGUUAUAACUGUUACAGCCAUCAAGCAGGGAUAUGAAGAUUGGCUUCGACACAGAGCUGACAAUGAAGUCAACAAAAGCACUGUUUACAUUAUUGAAAAUGCAAAGCGAGUGAGAAAAGAAAGUGAAAAGAUUAAGGUUGGUGAUGUAGUUGAAGUACAAGCAGAUGAGACCUUUCCCUGUGAUCUGAUUCUUUUAUCAUCUUGUACCACUGAUGGAACCUGUUAUGUCACUACAGCCAGUCUGGAUGGGGAGUCCAAUUGCAAGACACAUUAUGCUGUACGAGAUACCGUUGAUACCGUUGAUACCAUUGAAAACCUCCGCGCAGCAAUUGAAUGUGAACAGCCUCAGCCUGACCUCUACAAGUUUGUUGGGCGAAUCAAUAUCUAUAGUGAUGGUCUUGAGGCUGUUGCCAGGUCUUUGGGUCCUGAAAAUCUUCUCCUGAAAGGAGCUACACUAAAAAAUACCAAGAAGAUAUAUGGAGUUGCUGUUUACACUGGAAUGGAAACCAAAAUGGCUUUGAAUUACCAAGGAAAAUCUCAGAAACGGUCUGCUGUUGAAAAAUCCAUCAAUGCCUUCCUACUUGUAUAUUUAGUCAUCUUACUGACCAAAGCUGCAGUGUGUACUACUCUGAAGUAUGUGUGGCAAAGUAACCCAUACAAUGAUGAACCUUGGUAUAAUCAAAAGACUCAGAAGGAGCGGGAUACAAUGAAGGUUUUGAAAAUGUUCACCGACUUCCUGUCUUUCAUGGUCCUAUUCAACUUUAUCAUUCCUGUCUCCAUGUAUGUCACAGUGGAAAUGCAAAAAUUCUUAGGGUCAUUCUUCAUUGCAUGGGAUAAGGAUUUUUAUGAUGAAGAAAUUAAUGAAGGAGCCUUGGUUAACACAUCAGACCUUAAUGAAGAACUUGGUCAGGUGGAUUACGUAUUUACAGAUAAGACUGGAACAUUAACUGAAAACUCCAUGGAAUUCAUUGAAUGCUGCAUAGAUGGGCAUAAAUAUAAAGGUGAAAUUCAGGAAGUUGAUGGAUUAUCCGAGACUGAUGGACCUUUGACAUACUUUGACAAAGCAGAUAAGAAUCGAGAAGAACUCUUUCUGCGUGCCUUGUGUUUAUGUCAUACUGUAGAAAUUAAAACAAAUGAUACUGUUGAUGGAACUACAGAAUCAGCUGAAUUAACAUAUAUCUCCUCCUCACCAGAUGAAAUAGCUUUAGUGAAAGGAGCUAAAAAGUACGGGUUCACAUUUUUAGGAAAUCGGAGUGGAUAUAUGAGACUAGAAAACCAAAGAAAGGAAAUAGAAGAGUAUGAACUUCUCCAUACCUUAAACUUUGAUUCUGUCCGCCGACGUAUGAGUGUAAUUGUAAAGACUGAAGGAGGAGACAUCAUUCUAUUUUGUAAAGGAGCGGAUUCAGCAAUUUUCCCCAGGGUACAAAACCAUGAAAUUGAGUUAACUAAAAGCCAUGUGGAACGUAAUGCAGUGGAUGGGUAUCGGACACUCUGUGUAGCCUUCAAAGAAUUUACUCCAGACGAUUAUGAGAGAAUUAACAGACAGCUAAUAGAAGCCAAAAUGUCCUUACAAGACAGAGAAGAAAAAAUGGAAAAGGUUUUUGAUGAUAUUGAGACAAACAUGAAUUUAAUUGGAGCUACUGCAGUAGAAGACAAGUUACAAGAUCAAGCUGCAGAGACUAUUGAAGCUCUGCAUGCAGCCGGCCUGAAAGUCUGGGUGCUAACUGGGGACAAGAUGGAGACAGCCAAAUCCACGUGCUAUGCGUGUCGCCUUUUUCAAACCAGCACUGAACUUUUGGAAUUGACCUCAAAAACCAUUGAAGAAAGUGAAAGGAAAGAAGACCGAUUACACGAAUUAUUGAUAGAAUACCGUAAAAAGUUGUUACACGAAUUUCCUAAAAGCACUAGAAGCCUUAAAAAAGCAUGGACAGAACAUCAGGAAUAUGGAUUAAUCAUCGAUGGCGCCACACUGUCACUUAUACUAAAUUCUAGUCAAGACUCCAGUUCAAACAACUACAAAAGCAUUUUCCUCCAGAUCUGUAUGAAGUGCACUGCUGUGCUGUGCUGCCGAAUGGCACCAUUACAGAAAGCCCAGAUUGUCAGAAUGGUGAAGAAUUUAAAAGGAAGUCCAAUAACACUGUCCAUAGGAGAUGGUGCCAAUGAUGUUAGCAUGAUCUUGGAAUCCCAUGUGGGAAUAGGUAUUAAAGGUAAAGAAGGUCGCCAAGCAGCCCGGAACAGCGAUUACUCCGUUCCAAAAUUUAAACAUUUAAAGAAACUACUAUUGGCUCAUGGACAUCUGUACUAUGUGAGAAUAGCACAUCUUGUACAAUAUUUCUUCUAUAAGAACCUUUGUUUCAUUUUGCCACAGUUUUUGUACCAAUUCUUCUGUGGAUUUUCACAACAGCCACUGUAUGAUGCCGCUUAUCUUACAAUGUACAACAUCUGCUUUACAUCUCUGCCUAUCCUGGCCUACAGUCUGCUAGAACAACACAUCAACAUUGACACUCUGACCUCAGAUCCCCGAUUAUAUAUGAAAAUUUCUGGCAAUGCAAUGCUACAAUUGGCUCCUUUCUUAUAUUGGACAUUUCUGGCUGCCUUUGAAGGAACUGUAUUUUUCUUUGGGACAUUCCUUCUUUUUCAAACUACAUCUCUGGAAGACAAUGGAAAGGUAUAUGGAAACUGGACUUUUGGAACUAUUGUUUUUACAGUCUUGGUAUUCACUGUAACUCUGAAGCUUGCCUUGGAUACCAGAUUCUGGACAUGGAUAAACCACUUUGUGAUCUGGGGAUCGUUAGCCUUUUAUGUAUUUUUCUCUUUCUUCUGGGGAGGAAUUAUUUGGCCAUUCCUCAAGCAGCAGAGAAUGUAUUUUGUAUUUGCUCAAAUGCUUUCUUCUGUAUCCAUAUGGUUGGCCAUAAUUCUUCUAAUAUUUAUCAGCCUUUUCCCAGAGAUUCUACUGAUAGUAUUGAAGAAUGUAAGAAGGAAAAAUGCUAAGAAAAAUCUGAACUCUAGAAAGGCAUCUGACACAUUAUCCGCCAGACCUUCAGUCAGACCUCUUCUUUUACGAACAUUCUCAGACGAAUCUAAUGUAUUGUAACAGAAUCCGAAUGUUGAACUGCCUAUGUUAUUGUCCUACAAGCCUAUUGACAGUGGUUACAGCUAAAAAAGAAAGCAUGAAGAAACAACUACAAAAAGUUAUCAUCUCAGGAUACCUUGAUAUGCAACUAAACUAAACCAGUCUCAUAUGCCUAGGAUUCAAAAUAAAUCAUCAUUACAAUGCCAAAUGACUCUUCUAAGCAUUUACAGUUAUCCACCCAUGGCCAGAGCUCUUAAGUUAAAAGUUACAUGAAAGUUGAAAGCAAGAAUACUUAUUAGAAUUCUGGCUUUAGAUAGAAAAAUGUAAUAACCAAAUGGGUGUUCUUUUAACUCAUUGAUAUUGUGAAUGGAUUUAAAUACAGAGUAUAAGUA